CAAGAGGUUCAAAACAAAAAAAGUUGUAUCAAAAUAAAGAGAAGCAUCCAUUAUGGCCGCUUCAUUCAGACGUCUUGCGAAGGACCAUGCCCAAUUGCAAUCCGCUCUCCCUCCAAACUAUCUCCUCCUCGAGGCCGACGAUCCUCGAUCGCUUGCCGAUGACCUGACACAAUUGAAUGUACUCAUAACUGGUGCCGAAGGAACGCCUUACUCACAAGGGUUAUGGCUUCUACACCUUAGGGCACCCCUCGACUACCCGAAAUCCCCGCCCAAGGCGACGUUCAAAACAAGAAUCUACCAUCCAAACAUUGAGGAAUCUACAGGCGCCGUGUGUCUAGAGACACUGAAACGAGACUGGAAGAGCAGUCUGACAUUGAAGGAUAUUCUUGUCACCAUCUCGUGUUUGUUGAUCCAGCCAAAUCCAGAUUCAGCGCUGAAUGCUGCUGCUGGAGCCCUGAUCCAGGAAAACUACGACGCUUUCGCGGCGCAAGCCAAAUUGAUGACAAGCAUCCACGCACCAAUACCACGACAACUAGCCAAAGCCGUGGUGGAGGCAAAGAGAAGAGGAGAGGAGAACACCGAAGAUGGCUCGACAAAAACUAGCAACAGUGAUGCCAAAGCGAAUCAGACCCUCGAGGACAAUACCAAAGAAAAUGAGUCCAGUCACGACAAGAAGAUUAGCAGCAGAAUCAAACGUCCUUUGUGUGAAAUUUCAAGCACUGAAGGAUUAGAUACGCAGGACUCACAGAAUGACGAGGUGGCUGAGACUGGGCCGAUUAGAAAGUCUCCUCGUCUACUACGGCCUGGAACGUCGAAUACAGAGGACAUUUCGAGUGCAUUAUCUACGCAGGAGGAUGGUCUUGAUGAAGAAGACAAGGAGAACAUGGGCGUUGUGACGGACAAAGCCACCAAACGAGCAGUUCUGCCUCAAGCAACGGUACCCCCGAAAGGGUCCACGCUACGGAAGGUCUCGAACAUUGGGGGAACAAGAAAAGGGCUUCCACGGGUGGGUAUUCGCAGAUUAUAAGCAUAUCGACCCUCCGUCUUGACGGCACCUGCCGGAAUUUGUUCUACUUUUUCAGUCGAAGCGUUCGAGCGAAUUUUGCCAGUAUGUACCGAAUACGAGUGGGCUAUGGUAGGCCUUUAGGAAUGCCCGCGCAUGCCAGAGGAUCGGUGUGAAGGCGCAAAUUCGGAGCAGACAUUAUCGAGGGAAGCUGAUAUGAAAAUUCUGCCUUCGAGUACAGGACAUGUGACGACCGAGACUGAGCCGGAGUUCGUCGCUUCGAUUGCGUGCUUGUCGAUCCGAUAUGAAUUAUUCAUAUGAGAGGCGAGAACCCGCUUUACUGGGGAACAUCUGACUAGAUCUCUGCACCGAGACUCCGUUUGUCGCGGUCCGCAUCCCAUUUUCUGUAUAGACGAUGGAGCUGAAUGGAGAUUUCCC